UUUUGCUCUUUCCAAGUGAGCAUUACCAUACGGGAAAGGAUAUAACCAUAACUACAUUUAACUUUUGCACGGAAAAACAGUGGUCCUUUUAACCCAAAUCUCUAGUGUCUUGGUUAACCUGCUGCCAGCCUUCUCUUUAACACAGCUCUUAAGCACUGGGUCAAACCCUUUGUAUUAUAGUUGACUGGAAUAAUUAUUUCCAGUGUAGUGAUUCCCUCCAGUUUCAAAAAAAAAAAAACAACAAAAACCCCAAACCAAAAAACCCAGUGGAUCCGUGAGGGUAAAUACCCAGAAUGAAGGCAGUGUGAGGUAUAUAAAUGCUUUAAAUCUGACUACGUUUUAAAAUUCCAACUGAACGUGAUGCUUGGAAAGUUUUCUGCUUUGCUGGGUAAUUACUUUUAAAGGGCCCACUGUUUAAGUGAGGUUGUUUAAAUCCAUAACAGGAAUUUUUUUAACUCUGCUGCCGUUUUGAUCUUUUUUUCUGAGCCAAGUUUUAAACAUUUGUUUGGGCAAUGAUUCAUUUGUGUUUGUAAAUGCAUUGUUUUCUCUCAGUUAAAAGGUAGUGGCCAUAUCAAGUUCUUGCUACGUGGUUCUAUGAACCUUAACCUCUGAGUGGCACAUUUAAAGUGCUAACAUUUCAUUAUGCCUGCGUGUGGCUAUACAACUUUACUUGUUUUCUUAUUUGUAGCUGGCUCUUUUAAAGUAGUAAAGUCUACUGCUACUACAGACUUUGUUCUGAGAGUUUGCUGUAGCCUGACCUAGCAGCAUUUCAACCAGUAAAUUGUAAAAAGAAAAGUGGCAGUAGCAGUGAAUACAGUUUAACUAGUCACUGUUGCAUUAAGUAAUUAAGAAGUACCAGUACCAUUGCCGGCCAAUGCACCUAUGUCCCAGACCUUCCCAGCUGCUUGCUGACCUUCUGCUUCUGUUUUCUUUCCGUACUGAGCUGCUGUUCCUUUUUUUUCCCCUGUUCUAUCUCCAGUUAUACCUUUUACUCUCAAAUUCUCAUAAUUGCCAGAUUAUCUUCUACUUUAGUUUCCUUCUUUUCACCGUUGAACUUUUGUUACUGAUCUUUUGGCUCCAUCGACUUGAGAAAGAACAGCGUUCACCAGGAAAUACAAUUCUGUAUGAAUGGUGUGCUCCCACUUCUCCUGCUAGAUGUAUAAUCUGACACCCCCAAAGGUUUUAGAGGAAGCACCACAAGUUUCAUGGGCAUCUAUUGCCAGCCUUGUGCUAAACUAGAGAAGUUUCUUCUUUUCUGUUUUUCUUUCUACUGUCCUACUCCUAUUUGGUUUUGUUUUGUUGUUUUGUUUUUUUUUUUUUAAAUGUGGUUUAUUGGGAAAAAUGGACAGAGAAUUAUUGCUGGAGGCACCGAACUUAAAACCUUUUACUCAAGAAACUCAAUUGGCUUUAAGAAACUAAGCUGUAUGAAAUGAAAAUAGUGAUCAAAAAUAUUUCCUGGUGUAAAGGUGGUACAGCAGAGUGAAGAAGCUGGACCAGAGAGUCUUGCAACAAAAUUUUGGAUGGACAAGAUAAAAUAGGAUAGAUCAGUGAAUAGCAAGAGGUGCCAUGAAACAUGAAUUUAUUAGCAACUGCUGAGCUUGCUGGAAGUAAGGAAAGACUAGACAUUUUAAAUGGUAUUAUCUAUUAAUUAAAGCUGCUUUUGGACAGACACCUGGUGUAAAGAAUAACGCCAGAAGCUACACCUCAUCAAACCGAAAGACCCCGAGGUACUCAAAUGCUGUUUGUAGGUGUUAUCUGUCUAGGAAGGUUUCUGUGACCUAGCUAUGCUGAAGCCUGUGGGCAGAGUGAUACCUGAAUGCCUUCGGAAACAGAUCAUGUUUUGCACUUUGAACACUCAUAAAGCUGAUAUGGACAAGCUCUUAGGUGCACAAAUUGGCCUUGAAGAUUUCAUAUUUGCCCACAUAAAAGGACAACGAAAAGAAGUGGAAAUUCUUAAAACUGAUGAUGUGCUUGGGCUUACCAUUACAGACAAUGGAACUGGCUGUGCGUUUAUAAAGCGAAUCAAAGAAGGUAGCCUUAUGGACCAAACCAAAAUGAUCUGCGUGGGUGAUCACAUAGAGACUAUAAAUGGAAAAAAUGUGUCAGAUCGUAGGCAUUAUGAAGUUGCCAAAAUGCUAAAAGAUCUGGAGAAAGGUCAGAUGUUUAAGCUGGAGUUGAUAGAGCCUAUGAAAGCAUUUGAAAAGCUGGAACCAAGGUCCAAAGGUGGAACUCUGCCAGAGGCUAAAAUCUCCAGAGGGAGAGAGACACUUCGGCUGAGAACCAAAGGCCCUGCUACUGUGGAGGAGAUGCCAACUGAAGUUGAAGAAAAAGCAAUUAAAAAAGUGGAUGAGCUUCUUGAAACAUACAUGGGGAUAAGAGAUAUUGAAUUAGCUGCAACAAUGGUGGAAGCUGGAAGAGACAAGAAAAACCCAGACGAAUUUGCAGUGGCAUUGGAUGAAACUCUUGGGGACUUUGCAUUUCCAGAUGAGUUUGUCUUUGAUGUAUGGGGAGCAAUAGGUGAUGCUAAGCAAGGACGACUGGAAUGAGAACUGUGCAGUUUAUCAAUCCCUAUUUGAAAAUACAAAAUGAUUUUCAAAUACGUACAUCGGAAUUUUAAUACUUUUAUUGAUAUGAAUCCAGGGCACUCUGUAUAAGUAGUCUUACUGGAGACUUUCUUUUGCAAAGGAAGGUUUCUAAUAGAAAUAUGAAGUUCUGACAGCUGCACAUUUAAAACAAACAAUUUACAUGUGGAAGUCACUGUGAGGAGUGUGUCAAGGAGUUAUAUUUAUACAGACAUUUUAUGAAAAUUAGGUAUUUUUUAUUGUACAUACACUUUGAUAUCAAUAUUCUGAAGAGUGUUAGACAUAUGCAACAAAGAGUUUGGAUUAUUUUAUCUCUUCUUUAGAAAGGUUUAUAAACUUGUUGAAAAACUACCUAGCUACAUGCUGCAGUUCCCUGGACUUCUGUUGUCCUUAUGUAUUUACAUACACAAAGAGCUGUGGAAAACCUAAGGCUUUAGGUUUUCUUACAGUUUGGCCUGAACGUAGUCUUUUCUGUAGACAGAGCUGGGAAGAAGGUACCAUGUUUCUGAAGAACCUGCGUUCAGGAAAAAAAGUACUCCUCUGAAACAUGAGAACUAGGAUCUUCAAAUGAAAAAGACUUGCUUUCAUUUGAGUCAUAAUACACACUGUCUGGGUAUUUCUGAGAUGAGUAAGUGUAGUAGAAAAGCUUAAACCACGAAGCUGCAGCUUUAUUCAGGUGCCAUAUUAUUGCAAUAGGAACUGCAUAGGAAGAAACAAAUAUUAAUUUUGAUUACUGUUCAUAUAUUCAAAUAACACCUGUGAUCUGGCACUGGAGACUAUAGUUUAUGACUAAGUGCUUACAUGAUUUUUGCAUAUGCUAAAUGAUCUGCUGAGAUCCUAUGGAGUUCCCCUCAUCUUUUUUUUUUUUUCUCAACAUGGCAACAUAGGAGAGACAUUGAAGGUGUUCAAACCUGGAAGAUAUUAUUGUAAAGUCACAAACAAUUGCAGUUUGGAUGAAAAUGCAUGCCUAAACACUGAAAAAUACAUUAAACUAAUUUUAGAUGUUAGGAUUUCUAAUUAUAUUGUACAUAAACAUUUAUUUUAACUGAUAAUAUUUUACUAACAAAUCUCAGAUUAUUAAAAAUGAACUGUCUCUUUCACUACAUCUGCUAUGCCUGCAUUUAUCUUCCUGUUUGCUCUGUAUUUAAUGAAGAGUAAUGCAAUAAGUUUUGUUUUUACUCAUAACGAGACUCUUUAUCAGUUUUUACUGUGCUUGGUUUUAAUCGAGACAGAUACUUGCUCGUUUGUUUAGAAAAAGCUACUUUCAAGUGAUUUUUAUAGCCAAAUAACACGUCAUACGUGUCCUUGAAAAUGAAAUUGAACAAGAAUGUGGGGCCUGACCUGGGAAGGUGUCAUAGCUUUUUAGUAUUUUUAUAUUUGCAUAUGCAUAUAAAAUAAUAGGUACUGCAAAAGUUGUUCCUAAAUCACUACCUAGUUACUUCAGAUGAAAGUGUCUUUCACUGUCUUGCAGAGAUGUCUUUAAAAUAAUGACUAUGCCAAUAAGUUUACAUGUUCUAUGUCAAUGAUUUUUUUUGUCUAAAACCAUGACGCUUUGAAGUAUCAUUGAGAGAACAGGUCCUCAUUCUCUUUACUAUGUUAUUUAGGAAGGCUCCUAAACUCCGCUUCAGUCUUUUGCAUGUUACAAUAAGUGAAUAUUUUUUCUACUUAUGAAAUAUUGCAUGAAGUCUUAUAAAUACUGUUCAGUGGUCUUUCAAUGGGGAUAAUUUCCAAUUUUAUAAAUGCUGUUGUGAAUAUUUUGCUCUUAUAUCUCUGAUUUAAGGACAAGCUUUCACAUAAUAUAGGUAUUCCUUUUUAUGAAAUAAGUAGUACAGUGUGGUAUGGAGGUCAUACAUUUUAUUGUAUUUAAGAAGUUCAAAAGUGUCAAAAUUUCUCUUAAUUGUACUAGUGCCUCAUAUCACCAGUGUGGCAUGAAAUCUAUAUGUAUCUUCAUAUAGACAGGUGUGAUCAUUAUCAAUUUAUCUACGUAGAAAUACAUAUAGAUACAAAAACUUAGGCUAUUCUCAAGUUAUGAGAAGUAAAAAUAUAUAAUUUUACAAGAAAAUCUGAAUUUUAGUAAAACUUGAGAAUAAAAUUAAAGAAACUUUGUAAGGAGGUGGUAUACAUCCCAUUGCUCAACUGGGGCCAUGAGGAUGUAUUAUUUUGAGAAAGGAGUGUAAUUUUAGGACAGAGAGCACAAGGUGGAUAGUGUUUCUCUGUAUUUAAUAAUUGCAAGUCUGAGCCCACAAUCUUCUGUUGCCGUUGAGCACACUCUCUGUCUUGCACAGGGCUACUUUAACUAAUGUACUCUUGGUAACAAAGAGUUAAAGUAUUGUGGGCCAUAUAAUUUAUUCUUUAAAUUUCUUUUAGGUGAAAAGGAAAAAUGAAAUGUCAAGAAUUCCCUGUCAGGUUUACAUUGUUUUAUAUAAAAAUUAAAUGUCAAGUUUUGUGGAAAUGUUUAUGUACACUAAUGUUAGUAAUCAACAAGCCACUGAUUAUAAAAUCAAUUGAAGUUAAAAAUUCCUUCUUAAACAGCAAAAAAAAAAAAAAAAAAGUACUAUGGAAGAGUCCUAUUGUAAAAUAUUACAUGAAAUGUUACCUGUAGCAGAUAAUCACUCAUGUGUUUUGUCUGUUCAUUUUAUUUUGAGAAAUUAAUGUUGUUCAAUCAUUUAUCCUCAGAGGAUAAUUUGUCUCAUUACACUGAUAAAAUAGGGAGAUAAAAAUAAUCUCUGAAGCUAAUUCUGCAUAGAGCUGUCUCUUGUCAUAGUGGCCUAUCUUUGUGGAGUUUAUUUCAGAACUACGAUUUAAAUAGUGAUUGCAAUUUUACUAGCAUUUACUGCAAUAAAGUAUGUUGAUAUAUCUUAAUAA